CAGUUCAUAUGCCGCCGGUGAAGUCAGAAUAACGAAAGCGCCAAACUCAAUUCUUGCACAUUCGAAUGAAACUCACACAUCCAUUAUGCCGACAAGCCCUUCAAUCUCUCCUGCAAAGCACACCUCCCAAUGGCCAACCCAUCAACUACACUCUCUACGGCCGCCUCAUCCAGCGCUGCACCGACCGCCGCCUUUCUCGCCAGGCUAAGCAGCUCCACGCUAGACUCAUCCUCCUCUCCACCGUCGGAGACAACUUUCUCGCCUCCAAACUCAUGGCUUUCUACUCCAAAACCCGCCAGCUCUCUUAUGCCCGUCACGUGUUCGACGAAAUUCCCCACAAGAACACCUUCGCCUUUAACGCUAUUCUCAUUGCGUACUCCGUGCACAGCCGUCACGCUGAAACGUUGAAACUGUUUACCUUGUGUUUGUCUCGUGGGGACGAUUUUCAGGAUUUGGAGGAUGUUAAGCCGGACAGUUUUACUUUGAGUUGUGUGCUCAAGGCGAUGUCGGAAGUGGUAUUGGGUCGGCCUGUUUUGGCUGGAAUGACUCACUGUUACGUGAUUAAAAAUGGGCUUGAUUUGGAUGUUUUUGUUGACAACGGGUUGGUGACGUACUAUUCAAGGUGUGAUGAUCUGGUGUCUGCAAGGGCGUUGUUCGAUGAAAUGCCUGAGAGGGACUUGGUAUCUUGGAAUGCAAUGAUUUCGGGAUACACUCAAGGUGGGUUUUAUAAGGAAUGCAAGGAUUUGUAUCGAGCAAUGUUGGCUUUGGAAGAUCUAAGGCCAGACGGGGUUACAGCUGUGAGCGUUUUGCAUGCGUGUACGCAAUCGACUGACCUUGUUUUUGGGAUGGAAGUGCAUCGGCAUGUGAUUGAUAGUGGGAUUGAAAUGGAUCUCUCACUUUGUAAUUCAAUUAUUGCAGUUUAUGCAAAAUGUGGGAGCUUGGACUAUGCCAGGGAGCUUUUUGAAGAGAUGACUGAGAAAGAUGAAAUAACUUAUAGCACGAUUAUAUCUGGAUACAUGGUCCAUGGGUUUGUUGAUGAAGCUAUGAAGGUAUUUAGGGAAAUGAGCAAGCCAGGAUUGAGUAGCUGGAAUGCUGUAAUUUCGGGUCGGGUUCAGAACAAUCAGUACGAUAAUGUUUUAGAUUUAGUUCGUCAAAUGCAAGAUUCUGGUUUGAAGCCUAACAGUGUGACGAUUUCAAGUAUUCUUCCAGCCAUUCCGUACAUCUCGCAUUUAAGAGGAGGAAAAGAAAUUCAUGCUUAUGCUAUCAAAAUCAGUUCUGAUAGGAAUAUCUAUGUUAUUACUGCAACAAUAGAUGCAUAUGCAAAACUUGGAUUUCUCAGUGGAGCACAGAGAGUAUUUGAUCUAGCAGCGGAGAGGAGUGUGAUUGUCUGGACGUCAAUAAUCUCAGCAUAUGCAGCUCACGGAGAUGCUAUCAUGGCACUCGAUCUAUUUGAGAAGAUGCUGAACAGCAGGACAAAGCCGGAUAAUGUCACGUUUACUGCUGUAUUGGCAGCUUGUGCUCAUGCAGGGCUAGUAGAUAAAGCUUGGGAAAUAUUCGAUUCUUUGUUGCCUGAUUACGGGAUUGACCCUUUGGUUAAUCACUAUGCGUGUAUGGUUGCAUGCCUAUGCCGAGCAGGGAAGCUUUUCGAAGCGGUGGAAUUCGUAAAGAAAAUGCCGAUUGAACCUACUGCCCAAGUUUGGGGAGCACUGCUCAGUGGGGCUUCGGAAAGUGGCGACGUCGAACUUGCUAAGUUUGUUUGUGAUCAUUUAUUUGUAUUGGAGCCUGAUAAUCCUACUAAUUACAUUGUUAUGGCGAAUCUGUAUUCGAAAGCUGGUCGGUGGGAAGAAGCUGAGAGGGUCAGAGAGAAAUUGGCUAAUACUGGGUUCAAGAAAGUCGCUGGCAGUAGCCGAAUAGAUACUUCUGGAGGUGCUACAAUUGAGAGAAUUUAACAAAAGUAUAUUAUGUUUUUUAGAUUGUUGAAAUUGAUGGAACAGAACGUAUAUUCUCCGGGGCAAGGGGUCUAAUUCCGAAAGAUAUAAACAACUGAAACAUCAGGUGGAAUUGGAAAGUUUCGCGGACUAAGUUGCAGCUAUAGCCGUUGCGAUCGAAAUUCAAGCAAUCAGAGGUUUGGCUGGUGAGAUAUGUAGCUCUUACUUGUCUAGAAUAGUAUUUCUAUUUUCUUGUCUAAACUCAUUUUCAUAUUAAAAAUGUCCUAAAUGCCCAUUAGAAUAUCAGCAUCACAGUCACAUAGGAUUCUCAUAUAUGUAAAAAAAAAUAUAGAUACAUAUGUGAUAGGUGUAGUAAAGGGUCGAAUCCCCUCGACCCUUUGCCAUGCAUUCAUAAUUCAUUCUGGUCCACAUCAAUAACCCUUUCUUAAUCUUCUACCUUACCACUCGGAACUUUUGUGCUUACUCUUUUAUGCUGCUGCAUAUAUCAUGAGUAGUUGCUUUCAUAUAUUUUGUCGAACUAGCAAAUUACUCCCUCCGUUUUAUUCAAGUACCGUUUUAAGGCAGAUGACCACAAAUUAAGAUUCGUAAUAUAUAAAAUCCGAUUUAAUACCAAAAAAAAAAAACUAUGGAGGAGGCAGAGUAGAGUGCCUUAGGGAUCAGUGCACCAGAUGCAUCAUAUAAAUUUGCUGUAUUUUUGUAGGGACAAAGGAUAAAUAGAGUAGAUAUAUGGGGCAAGGUGUAGUUUAUAGUCUUGUUAUUUGUUGUUAUCAGAUUAUUAAACAGUGAUAAUGAAAAGUGGAUGAAGUGUGAGCCAUUCUUGAAACUGGACACAAACUUGUGGACAAGAGCCCCAACAUUUCCCAUCCACUCCCUUCUUACAUCCCAUGCUACUUCAUUAUUAACCAUACAUCCCAUGAUGCCCAAUUAUUCCACUAACCACAUUUCCUAAAUUCUUUUGUGUUUUAUUAUUAUUAUAAAAUAUUUUAUUUCAAUUUUAUUUUA